CAGCGCAGAGUAGCAUAGAAGCGCAGCGGACAGCACAGGCUCAAGGAACCUCCAGGUACCUCCCAUGGAUUUGUGAGCAACACAGGCAGCUCUCCAGGUCCUAGACAGCAACCCUAGCCAGAGGUAUGCGGUUACCCCGCUUCUCCAGCACUGUCAUGCUUUCGCUCCUGAUAGUCCAGACUGGUAUCCUGGUCUUCCUAGUCUCCCGGCAAAUGCCAUCGUCCCCAGCAGGCCGUGGGGAGCAUGUGCACGUGCUGGUACUGUCCUCAUGGCGCUCGGGCUCGUCCUUCGUGGGCCAGCUCUUCAGCCAACACCCCGAUGUCUUCUACCUGAUGGAGCCGGCUUGGCACGUCUGGGAUGCGUUGUCGCAGGGCAGUGCCCCCGCGCUCCACAUGGCCGUGCGCGACCUGAUCCGCUCAGUGUUCCUAUGCGACAUGGACGUGUUCGAUGCCUACCUGCCCUGGCGCCGCAACAUCUCGGAUCUCUUCCAGUGGGCAGUGAGCCGCGCAUUGUGCUCACCUCCGGUCUGCGACGCCUUCGCUCGGGGCAACAUUAGCAGCGAGGAGGUGUGUAAGCCUCUGUGCGCAACCCGGCCCUUCAGCCUGGCUCAGGAAGCCUGCAGCUCCUAUAGUCACGUCGUGCUCAAGGAGGUGCGCUUCUUUAACCUACAGGUGCUCUACCCGCUGCUCAGCGACCCUGCGCUCAACCUGCGCAUCGUGCACCUAGUGCGUGACCCGCGGGCCGUGCUGCGCUCCCGAGAGCAGACAGCCAAGGCGCUGGCACGGGACAAUGGCAUCGUCCUGGGUACCAACGGCACGUGGGUGGAGGCGGACCCCCGGCUGCGCGUGGUCAGCGAGGUGUGCCGCAGCCAUGUGCGCAUCGCAGAGGCAGCCAUGCACAAGCCGCCACCCUUCUUGCAAGAUCGCUACCGCCUGGUGCGCUACGAGGAUCUGGCCCGGGACCCGCUCACAGUAAUCCGUGAACUCUAUGCCUUCACCGGCCUGGGUCUCACGCCACAGCUGCAGACUUGGAUCCACAACAUCACGCAUGGUUCAGGGCCAGGCGCGCGCCGUGAAGCCUUCAAGACCACAUCCAGGGAUGCGCUCAGUGUAUCCCAGGCCUGGCGCCACUCGCUGCCCUUUGCCAAGAUUCGCCGGGUCCAGGAGCUGUGCGGGGGUGCGCUGCAGCUUUUGGGUUACCGGUCUGUGCACUCGGAGCUUGAGCAAAAGGACCUCUCUCUGGACCUCCUGCUGCCAAGAGGCAUGGACAGUUUCAAGUGGGCGUCGUCCACGGAUAAGCAACCAGAAUCGUAGAAUUUUAGUGGAGAGACCCAGCUAUAACAUUAGGGUCUAUUGGACUAUGAUAAAGAAAGGGCUUGGAGAACCCAAAAGCAAGUGGCUGGGAGUGUGAGUGAUCUUGGAUGGAGUCCAAAUCCCACAUCUCUUUAUAUCCAGAUUUUGAUUCCCAUCAAGUGCUGUCGAAUGGAAAGCAAAAGCUGUGCCCACUCCCUUCACAGAGGGA